AUGCAAUGCAUUCCACUUGUCAUGCUUGGUCGAGAUCGCGGAUUAUGUGACGAUAAAUCGGAUGAGUUAUUCAUUGGACAAUGUCAAAAAGCUUCCGAUCUCGCUUGUCAGUUCAUUCGUGGCGACGAUAGGUAUCCUUCAGUUUAUUAUUUAUUUCAGGACAAUUGCAACAGUUUAACAACAAGACAAUAUCUUGUUUUGGAUGGAGAAACACAUAAAACAUCGUGUGAAGAAUGGCCAGUCGCCUAUAAACAGCGAUAUAAACAAUGUGACAACGUUUGGGAUGAGCCAAAUGGACAAGAUGAACUUGAUUGUCCUGGAACUACAGUUGCAUACAUUCGAGAUAUUGCAGGAUGUAAUGCAACACAGCACUAUUGCGCUCGACUGAAUCGAAUAGAACUAGGCUGUCUCGACAUGAUAAAAGCUGGAGACAAUCACAGUCAUUGUUAUGGUAAUACGGACGAGCGAACAACAGAUACUUGUACUCGCCGUGGGGAUUAUCAAUGUUCUGAUGGAGAUUGUCUAUCCGUUGACAAACUUUGUUCACACGACGGUCAUCUCAACUCAACAACAACAACAACAAUCGAUUUUGUAGUGAUGGGAACACUCCAAUUUUUGAUAAUCGGUGCGGUGAUUACAACUACACUUGCUCUUGGACUUGGUCUAAUCAUUGGUCAUUUUGGUAUAUCUAAGAAAACAAGUGAUACAUCUUGGAAGUAUAAUCGUCUUACAAGACCAGCUGAUCCGAAAAACUAUCGAACAUUUAUCGAUUCUAUUCAAGCAGCUAAUAUUGAAGCAAAUCUUAAAGAUCUCACUUCACGUCCUCAUAUAGCUGGUCAACUUGAAGAUUUACAAAGUGCUCAAGUCAUUGAAAAACAAUGGAAACUUGAUGGUUUGCAAGUAACUAAAUCAAAAUACAAUGUUCUUCUUUCUUAUCCAAAUGACACUGAACUUAAUCGAGUUAAUCUUAAACUUUCUAAUGGAACGAUUAUAUUUCAAACAAGUGGAACUGAAAAAAUCUAUGAUCCAACACAACCAAAAACAGUCAAUCCAUUUCUUGCUUAUACACCUAAUGGAAUUGUUUCUAGUACAAAAUUAUUCUAUGCUAAUUAUGGUGGACUAGAUGAUCUUCACAAAUUAGCAUCUGUGGUGGGAAAUUCUAGUCUUAACGGUAGCAUCAUUAUUAUGAGAUAUGGUCGCAUUUUCCGAGGAGAUAAGGUAAUACAUGCUCAAUAUUUUGGAGCUGUAGGCGCUAUACUAUACAAUGAUCCAGCGAAUUAUGCUCCCUUGGGAACAACACCUGAUCAAGUCUAUGAUCAAAAGUGGUAUAUGCCUCCAAGUGGUGUACAGCGAGGGUCAACUUUCACUUUGAAUGGUGAUCCUUUGACUCCUCUAUAUCCAUCGACAGAUAGUGUUAGCUUUCUACCGAAAAUUCCCGCUCAACCAAUUGGUUACAGUGAAGCUGAGAUUAUUCUUCAAUAUUUGCAAGGUGUUGAAGUAGACUCUGAAUGGCGUGGAGGUUUACGAAAUGUAACAUAUCGUUAUGGUGGAGAACUUCGUGACGCAUCAGAUGCCUGGAAUCUAGGCUCUGUUGAUCCAACAAGUGGAACGGCUACUAUGCUAGAAAUAACGCGAGUACUGGGUCAAAUGUACAAGAAUGGAUUUCGACCACGACGUAGUUUAAUGUUUUGUUCAUGGGGUGCUGAAGAAUAUGGACUCGUUGGAUCAGUAGAAUACGUUGAGGAAUAUGUGAAAGUUCUGGGUGCUCGAAUCAUUUCUUAUUUGAAUGUAGACAUGGCAGUUCAAGGAAAUCAUACGGUUUUCGUCAGAAGCUCUCCAUUGUUAUUUGACAUCAUAGUCGAAGCAGCAAAAAUGGUUCCAAGUGCAUAUGAUCCUGUUGGUCAAACUAUCUAUGAUAAAUGGAUGAAGGUUGAUCGAAAUCCAGCAACUAAUGAACCAAACAUAAGAUAUGGUCUUGGAUCAGGUAGUGAUUUCUUUGGUUUUGAUCAAUUAGUAGGUUCAUCAAAUAUGGAUGUACGAUAUAUGUUGAAUCCUAGUGAUCACGGAAAUAUGAGUUCAUAUCCGCUAUAUCAUACAUCGUAUGAAGUCUUUUCGAUGGUGAAAAAAUUUAUUGAUCCCGAUUUUACAGCUCAUAAAACAAUGGGACAGUUUUGGGGUGUUUUAGCCUUACUUUUAUCAGAAACACCGGUUUUACAAUUUAAUGUUACACGAUAUACAACAGCACUUAUGCAGGCUAUGAACAAUCUUCAACCAAAAGAUCCUAAAAUUCUCGAUCCAUUACGAAAUGCUAUCAAUGAUUUUAGUAAGGCUGCUCAAGAUUUUGUUACACGAUCGAAAUCAAUAGAUUCAGAAAAUCCAUAUGAAAUUCGAGUAUACAAUGAUCAAGUAUUACAACUUGAACGUGCAUUUCUAAAUCCACUAGGACAAGGUCGUGAUUAUACUGAUUUUAAACACAUUAUCUAUGCACCAGCCAAAGGUAAUCGAUAUGCGGCAAUUGGUUUUCCUGCUGUCAGUGAUGCUAUUGCCAAUGGUGAUUCAACAGAAAUCAUUAAUCAAGUAGCCAUAGCUACCUAUUUUGUGCGCGGUGCUCUAUCUGUAUUAAAAGAAGUUCAUAAUUUUUUCUCCUAUUAUUAA